GGUUUCACCACUCCACUCUGUCAACUUUAUGACCCUUCUCUCUCUCUCUGCUCUGCUGCGCUCUGACUUAGCCAGGCGACCGUUCCAUUCCCAACUGCUCUCUUCUCCUUCUUCCCCCCCACUAUCGUCCUUUCCUCUCAACAACCCAAACUUAAUAGCAACCCCUUCUCCCAGCUCAGCUGACUUCCCGUUCUGCAUUCCCUUUUCUGACGCCGAAAUUCUCCGAGUUCAAGCUUCAAUUCCAAUUGUGGAAUGGGCGAGGAGCUUCAACUAAUGGGUUCUCCUCGAAUUCCCAUUUGAAACUCUGCGAAUUUCCGCUUCAUAUUGUUGUGGCCCGUUUUUGUUUGCUCUCGCGGGGAAGAAGGAAAAGCAACGAUGUCCGUUGCUGAGCUGAAGGAGCGUCAUGUGGCGGCUUCGGAGACGGUCAAUACUCUCAGGGAACGGUUGAAGCAGAAACGCCUUCAAUUGCUCGAUACGGAUGUUGCUGGGUACGCUAGAGCUCAGGGGAAAACUCCGGUCACCUUCGGCCCCACCGAUCUAGUGUGCUGCCGGACACUUCAGGGGCAUACUGGCAAGGUUUAUGCAUUGGACUGGACUACUGAAAAGAACCGGAUAGUGAGUGCUUCACAAGAUGGGAGGUUAAUAGUAUGGAAUGCCCUAACGAGUCAGAAAACUCAUGCAAUCAAACUGCCUUGCGCAUGGGUCAUGACCUGCGCCUUCUCACCAUCCGGGCAGUCAGUUGCUUGUGGUGGUCUCGAUAGCGUCUGCUCAAUCUUCAACCUCAAUUCCCCGCCUGACAAAGAUGGCAACCUAACCGUGUCCAAGAUGCUUAGUGGGCACAAGGGUUAUGUUUCAUGUUGUCAGUAUGUUCCGAACGAAGAUACCCACCUAAUAACUAGCUCGGGUGAUCAGACAUGUGUAUUAUGGGACACCACGACUGGUCUCAGGACUUCUGUGUUUGGAGGCGAGUUUCAAUCUGGUCACACUGCUGAUGUAUUAAGUAUCUCGAUUAAUGGAACAACGUCGAGGAUGUUCGUAUCUGGUUCUUGUGAUGGAACAGCUCGGUUAUGGGACACUCGUGUUGCAAGUCGAGCUGUGCGUACAUUCUACGGGCACAACGGAGACGUUAAUGCAGUCAAGUUCUUUCCAGAUGGGAAUAGGUUUGGAACUGGUUCGGAUGAUGGAAGUUGUAGGCUAUUCGAUAUCCGGACUGGACAUCAAUUGCAAGUGUACGAACAACAGCAGAAUGGCGAGAGUGAAAAACCGCAUGUGACCUCCAUUGCAUUCUCUAUAUCAGGAAGGCUUCUCUUUGCAGGCUAUUCAAAUGGUUCCUGUUAUGUAUGGGAUACUCUUCUUGCAAAGGUUGUCCUGAACUUGGGAGCUCUGCAAACCUCACACGAAAGUCGUAUAAGUUGUUUGGGUAUGUCAGGUGAUGGAAGUGCCCUAUGCACUGGAAGUUGGGAUUCAAAUCUUAAGAUUUGGGCCUUUGGUGGGCACAGGAGGGUUGUCUGAGGAGCUAAUCGGCAUUCAAACACAUUCUUCUCUCUCGCCAUUCUCUUCGCUCUAAUUGGCACUUCGAACUUGUUACAAUCUUGUCCUGGCUAGCAUGGAUGGAGUAAAACUGUUUGUAUGUUGGAUGGAGAGAAAAGAGCCCUGGCCUGGGGGGUUUGCAGGAGCAAGUGCAGUAGCACGAUCAGCCGUUUAUCUGUGUUCCUGUAACAUAGUGUAUUUAGCUCCGAGCUAUACCCUGCUCUGUUUCGAGUCAUUGAUAUGGAAGAAGAAGAAGAAUGCUUGAGGUCGAUGCUGUUGUAAUGCAAAUGCAAAGGAAGUUUGUAUCUAUAGGGAGUAGGAACCCUAACUUGUGUAAAAAACCUAGUCGAAUGUCUCUUUUAUGUUGCGAAUUACAGAUUU